UAACAGUUAGUGUCGCGAUUCGCGCCGCAAACAGUAGUCACGAAAAAAUCGCGAAUUUUUAUCACUACCAGUGCGAUAUUUUUUUCGUCGAAAAAUUUUUUUUUCGAGUUUUUUAUCGAAUCGACUUGUGAAAAAAAUUAAGUCAAUUUUUUUAAAUUCCGGAUUGACAGUGUUACGAGAAAAAAAAAUUCGGGAAAUUGUGAAAGUGCAUAAUGCAAGGGUUUAGUUGACUAGCCGAAUAGAAGAAAAAAAUUAGAAAAAAUAGAUAAAAGGAUACUAUUGUUAUAUAGCGGUGUCCUGGACUUUGUAGAAUUCGGUGAUUUAUUCAUUGUUAUCGAUGUCGAUGUUGAUGUUGUUGUGAUGGUGAUAUUGGAACGAUGGAUGGUUGAUGCUGCUGUGAUGGAGAAAGCAGCUCAUUAAUAUUCAUGAUCCUUCCAAGGGUCGAACAAUACAAUCGAUCAAUUGGUUGGAAUUUCCGAUCGUGGCUGCAGACCGGAGGAUAUCACUACUAAAUCGUCGUAAAUCACCGAAAAAAAAAAGUUUUUUUUUUUUAGUAAGGAUGUUUGUUUAAUUUUUCAUUUGAUAGAUGUCAUAAAAAACCCAUAAAACUCGCCAUAAAAGUAAAUUAUUCUUUUAUCGCGAUGGAAGCAUUUUUAAUAGACUGUAAUCGGUUUAUUUUGUUUUUUAAUAAAUCAGUUCGUCACGUGGAUAUUUAAUAAUUAUUCGAAACAUCGAUCGUCGCGGUGUUCGCGGUGUGUUUUUUCAAACAAGUCGAAACAAAAAAAUCGUUCGUCGUCUGGCACGAACGUUGCCUAUCGUUCGAAUAUAAAGGCGAAAUAAAAUAAAUAAAAUCAUGAGACGAUUUUAAAUCGUGUAAAUCGAUCAUUUUACAUUUCUAGUCAUUUUUUUUUCACGUAAGGUUCGAAAAAGCAUUGUGUAUGUAAAUUUUUUUUCCAGCGAAAUUGGCAAAUUUGCUGCAUCGAAGCUAAUCUAGUUGCUCCUUUUGUUUUGUUUUUUUUCUCGGCUCUCCUCAUUUGUGUUGUUGCUGUUGUUGUUACGUGUACGUGAAUACAACGACGCCGCCUGGUACACGUUGAUUUUGUGGGAUAUUUUGGUUUUUUGAAAUCCGCUCGGCUGUAUCGUCGGUCUUGUCGACCGACUUGUGUUCCUCGGUCCGUCUUGCGAAUCUACAAAAAUUAUCAUCAUCGGUGACCUCGGGGACGCCGGGGCUCCGCUUUACGGGGAGCAUGACGUCGCCGCCGCAGGGUGCCCCGGGGGCAGUUGGUGGAGCAUGAUGAACGGCGGAGGAUCGACACUGUACGAGGACCCGCCGCCUCCGCCGACCAUACCAUUAUCUCAUAUAAAAACCUCGCCUUCGCCAUCGACGACGCCGGUCAUCGCCAGCAGCACCGUAGCGUCCGGAACGUCGUCCACGUCGCCGUCGUCGGUUACCAGCAACACGGGCCCGCUACACAUACCGGCCAAGAGACUAGUCACAUACGGCGCCGCCGACUGCGUCGACAGCGGAGGCAGCGUCAUCCGGCAUUCGCACCAUGGGUCGCAGCCGUGGAACUACAGCCCGGUCGAGCACGCUUCGCCGGCUACAGCCUUCGACCAGUAUAACAACGCGCCCACCUACUACAACCUGGCUGCGGAUCCGAUCGCCGGACGAGAUGGUCGAAAGCCCGCAGCAUCGCUGUCGUUCUGGUCACCGGCUGCGGCCGCCGGAAAUACCCCGGAGUAUGGCAAAUACUCGACCGGAUCGACCGGCACCUCGUGUAGCGAUCAGACCUUCGCGCAGAGCUGGUGCGGGUAUUCCCCGUAUUCGUCUGCGGCCAGUCGACAUCAUCCCGAAUCUCAUCACUCGCAUCAUUCGCAACCGGUAUCAUAUCUGUCCAGCGAGGAACGAAUACGAACCGCAGCCGAAUCGGCCGUACCGUUCGCACACGACUCGUACGCCCUCAGAAACUACCCGCCUCCGCCGACCGAUGCGUUGACCUCUACUCCGUAUCCUCCUCCAGGUUCGCUAACCAGUGUCAGCAUGACCAGUAUGAGCGGUGUAAGUUCCAACCCUUUGGAAUGGACGGGCCAAGUAACGGUGCGUAAAAAACGCAAACCGUAUUCCAAAUAUCAAACUUUGGAGCUCGAGAAAGAGUUCCUGUUCAACGCUUACGUUUCCAAACAGAAACGAUGGGAGCUAGCCAGAAAUCUGAACCUAACCGAGAGACAAGUCAAAAUAUGGUUCCAGAAUAGAAGGAUGAAGAAUAAAAAAAACACGCAGCGGGCUCAACAGCAAGCCAACACGAAUAGCGCUAGCGGUAAUCAUCAUCCUCAUCAUCACGUAUCUCAUGGAGGACAUCAUGUCAUCAAUCAUCAUAGUAACGGUCCUCUAAAGCAUCAUCCGUGAUCGCUUCACUAAUCUGGUUUUUAGUUCCUUGCGUUUUUGAUUCCUUUGCACCUUUUGUAGCCGAGUAUCGCGGAGGUAUUAAUUUUGUUUUUCUUUUUUAGUUUUUUUUUCUUUCUUUCUUUCUUUCUUUAUUUUUCUUUAUUGAUUUUUUUUUGAGUUGUGUUUUUGUUCUCUUUUUAAUUUUUGAUGUAUUUUUUUUCUUUUGUCGAGUUUAUUUAUUAUAGACGGUUGUAAGAUGUUGAAAUAGUAGGUAAAUACGCGGUCGAUUCGGCGCUAUCGUUGAUCUCACGAAUUAUCAUUAUGUAGCCUAUGUUUUUCUUUUGUUUCUCUAAAUUAUUAUAAUUUCGUGUAGCGUCGCGACCGUCAUGUCAUUUUAUUCCCCCCUUAUUUUCAUUAUAGGUAUAUGCCCUUCCUUUUGAAUUUAUUCUUUCACCGGUUAUACAAAAAUUCAGCCAAGAGUUUUAGUUACCUUAUUGCUAGGUAUAUACAGGAUGUUUCAUCGAUCGUUUGCCAUUCUUCGGAUUUGGUAAGAAAGUAUGCAUGAAUGAGAUGCCUAUCUUGAAAUUUGAAGGAGCUGUGAUUUUGAAUAUUUUCAAAAGAAACAGCUUUUUCUUUUUAAAAAAAAUGAAUUGUGAUGUGCUACUUGCACCAUUAAUAAUAAUAAUAAAAAAAUGGUAGGCAAAUUAAAUUGCCUAUCUUUGAAAUUGAAGGUGCCACGAAGAGGUGCAUUUUUAAUGAAAUGUGCUGAAAAUUUUUCCUCUUUGAAAUUUCACUGGAUACUUGAGAAGAGAUUAGAGGCAAGGCCAUAUAAGAUUCAAAAAAGGUUGUAUCCACUUUUUGCCCAUCUUUAUUUUGCAGGAGCUAAAUUCAAUUUGAAAAUUGUCUCCGAAAAAUAUCAAUCUGCUUCAGUUUUUCAUUUUAGCCAGAACUAUCAGGAAGGAGUUAGAGGGCAAGGGAAGCAAAUUUUGAAUUAAGUUGGUACCUAUUAAAAGCACUGGUCUUUUUCAAAACUUUUUUCAUUUUUAUACUUUUUUUCAAAUGAACGACUGAUCUAAAAAAAUCUUGAGAACAUUUUUUUCAUAAAUUUGGGAAUUGAAAACUAUUUUUCUCUCUUUCAAUAAUUUUAGCAUUUUUCUAAUUUGAUCAUAAUUUACUAAUUUUCUUACAAAAGAAUUUUUUAUGAGCCAAAAUGAUAUUUGCUGCGAGCCUGAGCCCAUUUUGGCUCUCAGUGACUCUGGAUUUAACUCCCUCAAAUUGUGAGGAAAACCGAAAGGGCAAACUAGUAUUAAUCAGCUUAAAAUAAAAACUAACUUUUUAAAUCCAUAACAAGAGAAAUUGAAAAAAAAAUUCUAAAAAUUGAUUUUUUAAAUAGCUUAAGUAUAAAAUUGAAAUUGAAAUUAAAAUUGAGCAGUUAAAAAAGUCAAUUUAUUUGGUACAUUAGCUACAUUUUUGGUGAUCACAAUUAAUAGAAUUCAUAUGUGAAUUAUUUUUUGGCCUCUUUUAGCCGAAUUUGACUGAUUUGAUUAUUGAACCGAGCUUGUUGAAAUGAUCUUGAAAUCAAAUUGAGACGUCUUUCUGAGAAAUUAGAAAAUUCUCAAAAAAGAAGUCCAAUCUUUGAGGUGAAAUGGGAGAAGGUAAACAUCAAGCAAAUUUGAGUUUUGGCCAUUUUAACUUGAAAGAGAAACGUAAGAAAUAUUUCCAAUUUUUGAAUUUUCAAACUUGUUAUUUUCAUUUACCACACUUUCAUUGUGAUCUAAUAAGAUGACGUCAUCAAUGGAUACAUUUUUUGUGGAACUAAAAUUUGACAAAUUGACUAGAAAUUUUUGGGGUCUGAUUUCGAUUUUUUGACAAAGAUCGAAGAUCAAAAAUAAAAAUUUUUCAUCAGGAUUGAUAAAGUUUUGCUCAUGUAAGUAAUAAAUUUUGAAAAAAAAUUUUAAACACUUCAAUAUUUAGUUUUUGAUUACCUAGGUAUCGUCCAUUUUUUUAUAAAUUAAUUUUUUAUUCUUAUUUUGUUCUUCUAUUGUGACCAAAUUUUUUUAAAUCAAAAAAUUCAAAAAUUGGGUUUUCUCAAAUGAUUGAUCAGUUUAAACUCAUUAAUCACCAAUUUUUGGUAAAAAAUUCAUCCUUCAUUUUUAACAAAUCAAUUUCUUGACCAAGAUCAAUUUUUGAUUAAAAAUUUAUUCAAUGAUCAAUGAUUGAUCAAUUUAAUUCAUGAUCAAUUUCGAUCAGAAUUUGGAUUUUUGUGUCGAAAAAAUACACUUUUUGAAAUUUCGAUUUGAACUGAUUGAGUACUUAUUAUUGAUCGAAAAUCCAUUUUUCAUAAACUACCUAGGUAUUGAUUAUUAAUUUGAACCUGUAAUCAAUUUUUGAUGGAAAAUACUGAUCAUAAUCAAUUUUUGACUAAAAAGGCACCAAGAAGGGCCUAUUCACUUUUUUAAUAUUACUGGUAACUUUGAAUUUAUGAUGAAUUUUUGAUUAUUUUUUUUAUUUGUUUUCCUGAUCAAUUUAUUUUAAUCAUCAUGAUCCAUACAGAUCAAAAAAAUGUAUUCCUUUUUUUUUAUGGGAAAAUCGAUUUCUUGACCUCAUUUCUAUUUCCAAAGUUUUUUUUCGAAAUGAACGCUCUUUUGAAGUACCUAAAUCCACAAUUAAUGUUUGAUGAGCUGGUAUAGGUAAAAAAAUUAUUUUUUGUGUGAAUAAUUCAUUUCGGAUCAUGAUUGAUAAAUUCGUGUUUUAUUUUUUAAUGAAUUCACUUUUCGAUCUCGGUCAAUUUUUUCGAAGAUUGUUUUUUUUUUAUGCAGAAAUAAUUUUAAUUGUAAAUUUACUUACUUACUUUUUUUUUUUUUUUUUUUUUUUGAAGAAAAUCAAUUUUCCAAGUUUAAUUAAUUAGUUUUUGAUAAUGAUCGAUUUCUAAUCUCAGGUGUCCUAGGUCAUCUGAAAUCCUUCAGAAUGCAAAAUUUUAUUUAAAAAAAUCAUCUUGAACUCCAUUAUUUCCCUUCGAUUACUCGUUCUACUCUAGACCUAAUCUACCUAUAUGUAUUCUGGAAAUUAAUUUUCAUAAAACUUUUGGAACUCCAGCCCCUUCAAAUUUCACUGUAGGCAGCUCAUAUCUACACACAAGUCAUAUAAAUAGACUUAAUCUGAAGAAAGGCAAACGUGUACAAACGAAACACUCUGUAUGUUGUAGGGAAAACAUGAUUAUUUUUAAAACGGCUGAAUGAGCACAUUAAAUUUCAAUUGUUACUCUGUGAUCCUCUGCUACCUUUAUUAUUUCUUUUUUAAAAUUACCAUUAACUUCCGAAACGUUUUAUUUAAUGUUCGACGCGAUAAACAUAAAUUUAUAGCAUAGAUUUAUUUAUUUAAAAAUGUAGAACGAAAUUCUUUUUCAUUCGUCGAAGUGCAAAUUAUUUUUUUUCAAUUUCUAGUACAUGUAUUAAGUAGAAUUUUCGAACGUCAUUUCGUAAAAAUGACGAUAUGGUCGACAAAUUUGCACUUUGAGUGUACGAAAAUAGCUCAAAGAAUAUAGGUAUGAUUUCUUCAGGGUUUUUUCUGCUUAUCAAUCCUUUCGAGUUUCCAAUGCAUAGUGGAAUGUUUAUUUUUUCGUUUUUCCAUUUUCUACUUCUAUCGAGUUGGUUUUUGGAGUUGAACAAAUUUUUUUAGUGAUACCUACCUAUUCGACUAAAACCUGCAUAUACUAACACGAUAGCACUCGGGUAAAAAAAUUUCACAAUGUUGAACAACCUCAUACGUAAGGUAUUUCGACUCGGUCUCAUAUACACGUUCACAUAGUCGUCAGUGUCACCAAAGAAAGUAAACUUUUCAAUUGGCGAAUUUCUAUCACAUCUCUAUAAGGAAUAUUGUGGAAAAAAUCACUACUCAUACGUAUAGAUACAUAAAUCAUACUAUGGUUAUGAUUCGAGCAAGACGUCUGCGAACUCCAAAAACGCUACUGAUUCGUUUUCGGUGUAACUGAUUUAUAACUCGAUAACAUUUUUUCCCAUAGACCUACCAUAAUUACCGAACCGGUUAACCCAAUAACGCGAAUGAUUUGAUAAAUGUUUAAUUUUUCUUUAAACGUAUAUGGUAGACAAUCGACCUGAAUUCUGACUUGGUGCACACGAAGGUUUACAUUUUUUUUCUUCUUCUCCUUUUCUUACUUAAAUUUCCACCUACCUACGUGUAUUCGUUUGCAAUUUCUGCUGCAGCUAUACCUACCUAUAUCAACGCGUCAAAACAUACCAACGCGGGUAAAAUUAUUAAUGACACGAUUUUCAUUGUUCCAGGUAAUUUCUGAAGCGAUUUUAUAAUUACUUCAUUUACUCGUAAUUAAUUGGCCCGCUUGAAAGGAAUUAAUUACUUCGAUACAUAAGUCAUACGAGAAACGAUUUUUAAUUUCUUUUAAUUGGCGAUAUAAUGUACCUAGGGUAACGGUUGACGCGUGUGGAUCAGUGAUUUUCUCCCCUCCUUACACCUCUUUUAGGAUUUAUAGAUCAAACAGUUCAUCUUCCAUUUAAAUCGAUUACUAAUUUUAAAAAUUAAUAAUGACUAUUACGAGUGGCUAAAUUAACAUACCCAAUAAUUGCGAUUAAAAUUAGGCUAACAUUGUUGCGGUUAUUGCAGCGAAUGUCUUAAUUACAAAGUUGCAAUAUGCAGCAAUAAAACUUUGACUUGUAAUGUUUUAUUGCAUCAAGGUUUUCUUUCUCAUAUACCAUAGACGCUAUUUUGUUUGCUUAUAUUAGUCAAGGGCAUACGUGCAGCGUUUAUUUUUCAAGUGUGUUUCUGUAUUACCCUUCGAAGUACCUAUGGAUAUACCUUCGUGUAUUAAACGCCCAACUCAAUGCCCAUGUCCAGCCGCCAUAUCUAAAACAAACAAUAGAAAGUACCCAGCUAACCGUUUAUACUUGCUGACCAUACAGAAUACACGCACGUUUUGAUGGUCUUCUUUUAAGGUGGCGGAGUUAAUUUGUUUAGAGGUCUUUUUUUAUUACCCGAGUUUAUGUGUCGAAAAUUUUUCCAUUCUGAUGAAUGGGAUCUAUAAUAGUUUAUUCGAGUGUUUCGAAUAUCUUCCUGUUCGAGGAGAGAAGGGACUAGUUGCGAAUAAAUUUUUCAAAUAUUUUCCCAAUAGUUAGUUACCUGUCUAUAUUUAUGCUUUUACCUAUAAUUGUGGUAUAUUUGAAGGAUCCUUUGGCAUGUUUUGGGAACCAAAAAGUUCAAAGGUUAAUGGAGGGCUAGUUUUUUCACCUAGGUAACAGGUUAGAUAUUAAUUUAAACAAAAUUAAAACGUUCGAUUAAAAAAAAAAAAAAAAAAAUUGAAAACUUUUAUAGAACGCUGUUUCAAAAUUUUAAAUUAAGUGGAUAUAUUUUUUUUUUUUUUAAUUUUAGAUUUACUUACUCCAGAUUUUAAUAGAGAAAUUUUGAAAUUUUCUGUUGUGAAGAAUCUCAAACUACAAAUUUUCCAUCAUAACUUGAUUUCAUAUGCUUUAAACACCAUGAAAAAAAUGGCGUAACAAAUCAUAUUGGAUUUUUUUGGAGUGAGGGAGGGGGUUUGUUUGUUAAACUCCAAAACCAACUAAAAUUUAAAAAAACACACCUUAUUUAAAACAACGAGUUCCUUCUUCAAAAACGUAUAACGAGGAUGGUAAAAAGCUAAUUUUGUUCUCUCAGAGGUGCUAAAAGAUUCGUGUAAUUCCUUGAAUUUGAGAAAUUGAACAAUCAUUUUCCAAAAUUUGGGUAGGAAUUAAUUUUUUCUAUGCACGUAAUUCAGCUAGAAAUUUUUCUUAAAAAAGUAGGGUUUUUUCUAUUUGAAGAAUUGCUCGAUUAAUUUAUUCAUUUUUUGACCCAUCUGUUAAGUUCAGAAAUUCAACUUAGAAAAUAAUCCAAAAAAUGAUAUUUAAAUUCAACAACAUGUCAGAAAGCUGCACCUGACACCUUUCGUUCGAGGCAGACCACAAAAAAUUAAAAAUUAAAACUUAUAAAUAAUACCCACUAUCGUGUUAGUUUCAUCAUGAAAAAAAAAAAAAAAAAACUCCAAAUCCUUCUCGAUGCCAUUAAAAAAAAUCAUAAUAAGACAACGAAUAAGUAUUAAUUCAAAGUAACUACGAAUACCUUUUUGGUUAAGUUUCUAUGUUAUGUUAUUAUUUUUUUUUUAUUUUGCCAAGUUUUCAAUUUUGUUUUCUACUUUUUUCAUUUUUAAGUUUUUAUCUGUUCGAAAAUUUUUCUAUUUGUGUUGUUGUUUUGUUCUAUUUUUUGUUCUAUUAAAAAAUUUUUAAUGUGUAAAUGAUUUGGAAUCACUUUUGAAUUUUUGUACAAUGUGUGUUUUUUUGCGCUUUUUUUUUUAGACUCGAUGUCUGAAUGAUUAUAAAAGUAAUUUAUUGUAGAAUAGAAUGUGAGUAUUUUUAUAAAAUUUUAUUUAGGAUACCAAAGACGAUUUUCGUUAUGUGUUAAAUUUUAAGACGCUUUUUUUUCUUCUUUUUUUUUUCUUUUAAUAUUGCUUUAUAAUAGUUGAUUUUUUUUUUGAAAUGGUACCGAUCUCAAACCGGUGGUAAACCAAGGCAAUAUUUAUGAUUAAUUUCCGUAUAUACAUAAUAUUUAUCUGCAUUUGUUUUAUAUUAAGCAUAAUGGGCCCGCAAAAAAAAAAUCGUGAUUUAUGUGCUCGAAAAUUUGUCGAAACUUCAAAUCCCCAAUACUCAUGUGAAAUAUUCGUAUGUUUACACCUAUCGAUGAGUGAUAAGGCACCCUACUUUUUAUUUCUAAAAAAUAAUACGUCCGGCUAUUGGCGAAACGAAUAUUAAAAAGAAUUACAACCAACCAUACGAGUCAAUCAGUAGAUAAAAAGCAUGUUCAGAAAAUCCACGUCAACGUGGCAAUGGAUAUUUGCUAAAAAUUUUCCACUUUUACUGUACCUACUGACUUAUAAAUCUACUUAGCUUUUGGCCAUGAUUGCAAUACACAAUUUAGUUAUUUCUACCAACCUAUUCUGAAAAAUUUCCUCCCUCUUGUGAGACAUCUGUUUCUGUAUCGAAAAAACGUUAAUUAUGUAUAAAUAAUAAAAAUGCCAAUACCAUACAUACGUUAAUUAUGCCUUAAAUUGAGUUCCAAUCGUCGACCAAACAACUAUAUUGAGGGUUGCGUGCAUGCGGGUGUACUUUUAUACUAAGCAACAAAGCGUUAAGUAACGAUACUUACCUACAAAAAAAAAAAUCUGCCUUAAUUAGUGGAAACAAAAAUUCGACAUUUUAAUUGACUCGAGCACGUAAGGAGAACUAGUGUUCGAUAUUGGUCAUAUGCAGAACUGAGUACGAAUUCAGGGCUCUAGUUACUUGUUAGCGAAUAGAUCCUUUUUUUUUCUAGAUGCAGAAUUUUUACGACUGCUUUGAAUAGCGUUAAAACAUUGUUUUAAUAUUAGUCUAUUUUAUAUUAAUAAGGUUAUAGACUAUAAGUUCGCAUUUUUUCCCCUCUUGUUUGCUUGUGUAUGUUUUUAUUUCUCUUCCUCUCUUUUUUUCUCUAUUCUUUCUUUUUUAAAAAAAUUUUAUCUUUAAAUGUUAUUAUUUCAUCAGAAUGUUUACAAUUAAAUUGUGAAAUUUUUCAUCGCAUUUUAUCUCAUUAGUAUUAUUUAUUGAACGAAAAGAGGAAAAGAACUUUGAAUAAAUGUAUUAUACUUAACGAAUAAGAGAUUGUUAUUGCAACUGCGGGAUUGUAAUUAGUGUAUAAUUUUCAAAGAAUAAAUUUCUUUUACAAAUUUA